AUGUCAUGUGCCGCGCUCAUCAUCCACCCUCAUGUCAUGUGCCGCGCUCAUCAUCCACCCUCAUGUCAUGUGCCACGCUCAUCAUCCACCCUCAUGUCAUGUGCCGCGCUCAUCAUCCACCCUCAUGUCAUGUACCGCGCUCAUCAUCCACCCUCAUGUCAUGUGCCGCGGUCAUCAUCCACCCUCAUGUCAUGUGCCGCGCUCAUCAUCCACCCUCAUGUCAUGUGCCGCGCUCAUCAUCCACCCUCAUGUCAUGUGCCGCGCCCAUCAUCCACCCUCAUGUCAUGUGCCGCGCUCAUCAUCCACCCUCAUGUCAUGUGCCGCGCUCAUCAUCCACCCUCAUGUCAUGUGCCGCACGUGCAUGCAUGCGUGCAUCCCUCUCAACGGCAGGCCAUCAUGGCUGCCUUGGCUCUCUUCGCCUGGUGCAUCCACGAGCGCUCUCGCGCUGAUGCUCUACAGUUCCACCUGCGAGUGCUCAUAGAGCGGCAGCACCGCAUCACACAGCGCCUGCACUCUGGUGCAUGGGGGGACAGUGGCAGCAGCACCACCGGCAGCAGCAGCAGCAGCACUGGAAGCAGCAGCAGCAGCAGCAGUAGUGGGGCGGCAUGGUGGGAAGACAUGGUCAUGCUCCCCACUGGUGGGCGGGCGGCGACAGCUGGCAUCUUGCUGCAGCCAAUCAGAGGCGAAGGAGGAAGUGGGGAAGGAGAGGGGGAGAAGGAAAGAUGCGGUAGGCGUGAGAGGGUGGGAGACAGUAGCAGGGGGAGGGAGCGAGGGAAGGAAGAGGAGAAAGAUGUGGAGGAGGAGGAAGGGGAAGGUGGAGGAGGAGGAAACCCGGAGGGUGACGAAGUGGUGUGGCGGCGUUUGGCUCUAUUCACCUCGCUGCUCUGCUUCCUCCUCCCUCUAGUGCUCGCCAAACACAUGGACAGGAUCGCUGCCUUCCUCCACCUCGACCCCCCCAAAACCGAGCAAACACCCGUCACCCCCGCACUGAGCCACUUGUCACCGCACCACACCGCAGCACAGCAGCACAGGCGGGGCGGUGCAGCAGCAGGGGCACUGCUAGGGGCAGCGGGGGGCGGUGUGAGCAGCCCUGGACUAGCCCAUGGGAACCGGCAAGGCGGGGUGCCGGGGGUGCAUGGGCAGGGGGCUCCGGGGGCCCAUGGGCAGGGGGGGCAUGUGCAGGGGGGGCAUGGGCAGGGGGAGGAGGUGGCAGCAGCGCCGUUCAGCAAGCGCCUGGCGUACCGAGUGGAUGUGCUCUUCUCCACUCACUCCUAUGUCAAGAGCCUUGCUCUGCUCACUGCCACGCUCGUGCUGUGA